CACACAUGCUAAACUUGAAGAGUUCCACUUCCGUCUCUUCCCAGACUUUGCGACUUGGUUACCAUAGAAUCGGUAAAUAUUUCCAUUGUGUGUAGUGUGACAGUUUUUGGAAAGUUGGUCGGUGGGUAUUCUGCGACAGAAUGUCUUGGAGAAUACCUAAGGACCAAAUAAUGAAAGUAAAUGUGUGAAUUCCAAUUAGGAAGACAUUAAUUAAUGCUGAAAACGAGAGUUGCAGUUAUCUUAAAGGUUCAUCUUGCUGGUCUUGUUGCCAAAGUGACUUUAAGAAGGGAGAAGAACUGCUGACCCUCACCCAAGACAACAUCCAACCAACCAACCAACCAACCAAUCAGUCACCCUACAGAAAUGCAUUUGAAUCAGUUACCCAAAGAAUGUCUGCUAAAGAUAUUCCAAUACCUGCCGUUAGUUGAUGUUAUCUUGGGGGUAAGGUCAACUUGUUCCGAUUGGUACAAACUCAGUUUCAAUGGCGUUCUCUGGAAAACGGUCAAUCUCAACAAUCGGAAUAUGGCGUCACGCAUGAGUGAUGGAAACUUUUUAAAUCUACUUCGUUCUGUUUCAGAAAGUGUUGAAGAGAUUAUUUUUGGUUACAGUCCAACCAUUUCAGAAGUUAGCAUCCUUCACGAAGAAAUUCAAUGCCCUAAUUUAGUCAGCAUUGACUUACGUAGAAUUACUGUUGAUGCCAGUGUUCUAGAGACAUUUCUCACAAAAUAUCCGAGAAUGGAGAAGUUGUCUUUGGAAUUAACACUAGCAGAUAAUUGCACUCAAUUUUUAGAAUUUUUCCAGAACCAGGACUUCUCUUGUUUAAAAACUCUUUCUAUUAUAUUUAAACUUGAGGAGGACUGUGAUAAGAAUCUCCAAGAAGGCCAGGAAUUUGAAGAGGUGCUAUCUAAGUAUCCAACACUGUGUAACUUGAACUCAUUGUUGGUUGAUGCCAUUGUCCCCUGUACAUCUUUACAGUGUUUGUCUAUCAGGUUCAGCUAUUUAUCAGAUGAAACCUUGUAUAAAAUUCUCUCUGCAACUAAGCAAUUGACACACCUUAACAUUGCUGAUUGCAGGUAUGUAACCGGCAAAGCGUUAAAUGCACUCACACUUGACAGUGGACUUGUUAAUUUAAACAUGGAUGACACCUGUGUAACGGACGAUGCCAUUAAAGUAACGGCCGAGAGAUGUCACCGACUGCGGUCUGUCUCAUUGGAAAAUUGUCUGUGCAUAACAGAUAAAGGGGUUAGUGUUUUGGCACAAAACUGUCCCUGUAUCACAGAUUUCUCUCUCAACCACAGAAUUUUUAAUGAAAACACAUUUGAUGAUUUAACUGGUGGAUCAAACAAACAGUCAAUACUCCAAGAUUUUGAGAAAAUGAGUGUCAAACCCUUUUUAAGUGUGACCAAUGUUAGUAUCAUGUCUCUGGUCAACUAUUGUCACAACUUGAGUAAACUCGGUCUUGCUGGUUGCAUGGCCCUCACUGACCAGGCAGUCGAACAGAUAGCCUGUUCUUGUCCUUAUCUAACCCUGUUAAACCUAUCUGCAUGUAUGCAGGUGUCUGAUCGCUCUAUUGAGUUGGUCUUUCAGAAGUGUCAAUUCCUGGAAAUACUUUUCCUUAGAAACUGCAUCAAUGUUACCAAAUUGACUUUCCCUGGCACCAAAACCAGAAUUUAUUCAAAUGAAUGCAAUGUCUCAAAGGAUGCUCAGAAUGUGACUGAUUCUUGUGAUAACAUGACCAGAAGUUGUGAACCAGUAGUUGAAGCAGCCGAGAAAAUACCUGACCAAGACAAUGCCCAUUGCCAAUUGCAUCAGCAAUGUCUUUGUAAACAGGAUUUUAAAUUGACCAUUUUGAAUCUGAAUUUCUGCACACAGAUUUCAGACACAUCACUCAUGCAGAUAGCACACAACUGUCCACGGCUGCACAAGUUAUUCUUAUGCAGUUGCAUUCAGAUCACUGACUCUGGCAUUGGAGUGAUUGCAAAGAUGUGUCCCCUACUCAAUACUUUGGACAUUAGCGGUUGGUCAGUUUGUAAUGGGGAACACAUGCAACUGACCGACCACAGCCUGAUGGAACUCUCUGUCCAUAGUCAGUACCUGUCGUGUCUGGUUGUCGUUCGAUGCAUGAACAUCACAGUAAAGGGCGUCUGUGCUGUUCUCUCUAAGUGCAGCAAAUUGCGCAAGGUUUGUAUCAGCACUGGUGUGCACUUCAGAGUUAGCAGCGUCGCUUUGCACACCAGUUUGCAGAAAAUCGAAGCUUACACUUCCCUGAAGAAUUACAAAGAUUCAAACCAAGAUAACUUCAUCGUUCUUGAUUUGUACCCUUAUAACAAGAGGUUACUUUAGAUACCCCUGUUGAUCAAUAUCUACCCCAAUGUACACUCCCAGCUGUAGCCACCUUGCCUGCAAAUCUUCAGAUGUGGCUAGCACAUCCAUUCAACCCAUAGUGGUUUAGUGUCAAUUGUACCUCACAGGGCUGUCUAUAUCUCCCAGAGCUUUUGAGAAAGUUUCACCACAUCAUGGAACUGCUAUACCACCUUACCACACUUCUUUAUACCUCACUCUGUAACUAACAUUGAAGCACAACACCAUAACAAUAUCCCACCACUCAAACACACCACAGAGCUCCUUAUUUCCUGUUUUCUCUGCUUGUGGCAGAAUGCUCACCAACAUAAGACAGUUGCCUCUAUAGUAUGAAUUUAUAUUAUUGGACAUAUCAUGAUAGUUUUAUCAGCCAUACUGUUUCCAGCUUAAGGCAUGCUGGAAACAGGUAUUAAUUUUGGAGUUUUCUUUCUAGAUUAAUUGCUUUCACUGCAGCUAAGUAGCUCACUCUACCCUUACAGAAAUAUAUCAAUCCCAUUGAUGGGACCCUUCCUGGUACCACCAUUCAAGGUCUGAGUGGACCAGGGAGUGAUGGUAACUCCAUGCUCCCCACAACUCAAGAACUCCCAAACGGGAGCUUUACUCUUAUAUGCUGGCUUGGGACAUGUUGGAAAAAGGUAUUAAUUUUGGAGUUUUCCUUCUAGAUUAAUUGCUUUCACUACAUCAAAAGAGCACAGUCUACCCUUACAAAAAUAUAUUCAACCUAUAGACAGGAUGCUAACAGGUACUACCAUUCUGGGUUUGAACAGAUCUGGGAGUAAUGGUAACAAAGGAGUGACUCCACAUUUCCCAGAACUCCAGACCUGAAGCCUUGUUCUUAAUAUGCCAGCUUAGGGCAUGUUGGAAGUGGGUGUUAAUUUUGGAGUUUUCUUUCAUCACAGCUAAGGAGCUCAAUCUAACCUAACAAAAAUCUAUUCAAUGGGAUACUGAAAGGUACUACCGUUCCCAGUCAUAAAGGACCUAGGAGUAAUACUAAUUAAGGGAUGACUCCAUGCUCCUCACAACACCAGAACUAUCAAACCAGAGUCUCACCACCAGAUAUAGUUUAAUGUCAUACUCAGGACAAGCCUCUUUUACCUUUGGGAGAUCCAUUUAACCCCUAGGUGUGACCCCGACAGGUACUACUGUUCCAGGUCUGAAUGGAUCUGGCCCUAACGGUAAUUAAGGGGUGACUUUACACUCCCCAGAACUUCAGAAUUCCCAAACUGGAACCUCCCCACCACAUGUAGUUUAAUUUCAUACCCAGAACAAACCUCUUUUACUCCUUUGAAAUUUAUUUAAUUCAUAGAUGGGACCCUGAUGAGUACUACCAUUCUAUGUCAAAAAGGAUCAGGGAGUACUGGUAAUUAACCCCUUUGAUAUCAACCCACCCAAGUUCACCCUUGCUUCUGUGAUACAAACUUACCAUUUUAAGGGGAUCUAAAUAAAAAUCUCCCAUGAAGCUUCUAUAUUAAUUUAUGCCCCAAUUAUCAGCUUUGUAAUGAUGAAGAUGUUUUAGUAAAUUCUUAAUUAUUUUCAAAAUUAAUUAAAAUAAAGAAGGUGCCCCUAUUCAAAAUCUUGUACACCCAGUCAUAAGAAAUACAUUUAAUGCCACCCGAGUGGGCAUAGAUUAAGUGUGAAAUGGACUAUAUACCUCUUAACUCCCUAACAUACUGCUGGUGAUACAAUUGACUCUGCCCCUUUCAACCUUACAAAAUUUAGCUUUUUGCCUAUGCAAAAUAAGUAGUAUUAUUCUUUUUAACUCAGGUUUUUGUUGAAACUCCUGGAGUCUUGCAUGCGUAGUGAGCUUGCUGCCUGCAGCCUACGGUAUGAUGCUAUCAACUAAUUAAUACUUUCCUUAUUAUUAUUAUUGUUGUUGUUGUUAUUAAGGUGGCUAGCUGGCAGCAUCGUUAGCACGCUGGGCGAAAUGCUUAA